GAUGAAUAUUAAAUAUGGUGGUUCGUUUGUCAUAGGAUAACUACUAGUUGCGAUUUUAUAAAUAAUUUUUUAUUCUUUAUCCGUACACAGCAAUUAUUGUAAAAAUUGUGAUAUGUAGCGUAGCGUAACUUAUUCUCGAUUAGUUUUAUCAGUUUAUACCAGUUUUGUUACAUUAAGGGUCAUUACUGAUGAACCUAACCCAACGGUUUCACAAAGAUUGAAAGGAUACGCCAAGAUGUUUUUUCGAACCUACACGACCGCCUCUUCUUCGCAAAUGGAAGCGGCUCUUGCAAAGAAGGAUGUGACUUUGCGAGAGCUUAUGGACGAAGAAGAUAUAAUUAACGAAUGCAAGCUGCAGAAUAAGGCUUUAAUGGAAUUUUUGGUCAAACCUGAUGUAAUAGAGGAAUUAAUAACGUUGACCACAGUAGAACCGUCGCCGGAUAUAGAGGAAUGCACACGAUUUAAAUAUUCAAACAUAGCUUGCGAAAUUUUAACAUGCGACGUUCCUAGCAUUAACGAAAGGUUGGCGAGCGAUCAGGCUUUACUUUCGAAACUCUGUGCGUUUAUAGACUGUGAGCCGCCUUUAAAUCCGUUAUUGGCUUCCUUCUUUAGUAAAAUAAUGGGUGUCCUUUUCGCUAAAAAGGCUGUGCAGAACUGGUUAUCCUAUGAGAUGACUUGCUUACAGGUUUUAGACUUUCUAAAGGCAAAAGAAAAUUUUAUUUCCCUGCUGCUGAGGCACCUGGGCACGUCCGCUAUUAUGGAUCUCACGUUAAAACUCAUGACACAGGUGGAAGGAGAAGUCAGAGAAAAUAAUUUAAAGUGGCUGAAUAGUCAACAAGUAAUGCAAUCUUUAGUGUCUUUACUGGACCCGUCUGUCGACUCAGAAAGACAUUAUAAUGUCGCUCAAUUACUGUGUGAUUUCAUUAAAACAUCUCGAGAAAGUUUAAAGACUGCGUUUAAAGAAAACUAUCCCAAUCCCUUACUUGAUACCUUAGAAUCACCUGAAACGAUAUCAUUAUUGAUAGAUCAUAUGCUCGGCGAAGAUAAAGUGGAAAGCUGCAUCGUGGGCGGAAUUCAAGUGCUUUUACUACUUUUGGAAUUAUUUGAAUAUGGCCACGAAGACUUUCCACCACGUAUCGGACGGUACAAUACAAUUGUUGCUAUCACUAACCGACUGGGCGACUUUCAGUUGUUAUUACUAGAUCCGCCAAAAAAGCAACCAAUAACGACGACGUUCGGCUUAUUAGAUCCACCGCUCGGCAAUACAAGGUUGCAAAUUACGAAACUAUUCGCAACGCUCAUAUCAACUCAAAACUACGAAGUACUACCCAAGCUAAUUAAAUUAGGUACCUUUAACGUUCUCCUCGAUUUAUUUUUCCAAUUUCCGUGGAACAAUUUCUUGCACACUCAGGUCGAGAGUUGCAUUAAUUUCGCUUUGACUCCCGCGCCUUUCGCCGACGCCGACAUUGAAGCCUUAUACGAAGACUUAGUACUUAAUUGUAAAUUACCAGAAAGGAUAUUAGAGGCGUGGAAGCAGAACAAUCAAAAGACGGAAGAUAAAAACGUGCGACAGGGUUACAUGGGCCAUUUAAUGAACAUAGCCAAUCUUCUCAAUGAGAACGUCGUAAACGACAUAUUGAAGGAUAAGUUCCCCGAACUGGCCGAAUCGUUUAGUACAUUUACACAAACGACCUUAAAGGAAGUUAUUAAUAUGCGUUCGACGGUGUUGGGAGGUGAAAUUCCGCACUAUUCAGACGAAGAAGUUGAUGAAUUUGGUGAUGCCGUUUAUCCUAAUGAACUUCAAGAACAAUCAUUUGCCCGUUACCAACUCAACAAUUUUGUUCCACAACUGAUGGAUAAAUACGAAUUUAAUGAUGAUUUUAACGAUACGGAUACAAUGCAAACAAUAAUGGACCAUCGAAUGAACAUGAACUUUGAUCUUUCGGAGGGUAUCACAGUUCAACCUCAAGAAUUGUUUAAACAAGUAUGUGCUCAAAAUAUUAGUACAUUAGAUGAUGCAGAUCAAAUAUUUGAAGAUUUCAUGAAUACACUUGAUCCAGGUCAAAUAUUAGAAGAUAUCAUGAAUAAUAGCACAGCCGAGAAGCAAGUUGAUAAUAAUUUCGGAACAUAUAACGUUGACAGCGAGGAGGAGGAUGACUCGCCUCCCGUCGAUGAGGACGACGCUUUUCUCAGGCUGGACGGUCAAUUGGCGGGAAAUAGUGAAUCGGCGGUCGCGCCGAUCAGUAUGGGCAACGUUUGGAGUAACAACGAGAAAACGGCGGCCGACGCCGACAAUAUCGGUUGGGCGAAUUUCAGUUCGGCGUCGUUCGACAACUUCGAGGCGAACUUUGAAAACGCGACGGACGACGCUCAGCGGGCGGUGGCGACGGACAUUAAAGUGGAAAAUCUCAAGUUAAAUAGCAACGAACCCGAUUAUUUCGAUAGUAAGGGGUUCGCUCAGAUGCUUAAGGAGGCGUUAAGUCCCCUCGCGAGUUCGAUCGAGAGCCCCUUGAAAGACAUUCCAGAAUCGGAGAUUCAGCACACCAAUAAGGAACUUAGAUCGGCCGAAAAGAAAGAUGUAGAUAAUCGAAGUAGUCCGAACGUCCCGACCCACGAGCCCGACGACAAGUUGCGGGAGCAACACGGAGACAUAUGAGCAAAAAGCGACAUAUCACUUUAGGAAGUGCUGAGAUUGUAAGUGCGAAUAUUAGGAACAUUUCCAUAAGAAUUUUGUAACUCUUACCUUUAUUAAUUGGCCAUCACAUUUAAAAGUGCGAAUUUAAAUUUUUUACCCAUAACUCGUCCCCGUAUUAUUAUUAAAUUAAAAACUCCUAGUUGAAUACUGUUGUUUAUUUAUUGCAGUUUAUUUAAGAUUGUGUAUACAAAAGGAAAACCAGUGUAGGAAAUAUUUAUAUUUUUAUUAAAUAAUUUGUAUGACACCGUCGUGUGAAUACCUAAUAAUUCAGUGCAACUUUUUUUGAAGUACAAAUCUAUUAAUCGGCAGUCAGGCUAGUGGAUAGCGUUGUAAAGUUUCUUUUAAAUGCGGAUGAAUGGAUACACUGUUAAUUUGUUGUCUUGUCGCAUACAUAUUUUGGGUGGUCUUACGCAUUUCGACAUAUCUAUGAAGAGGCAAUUUCGAUUUUCAAAAGUAGAAAUCGUUUUUGAAUUGAAAACGCUAGAAGAUUAAGCCUGUAGAGUUUAUAAUUUUUUUGUUGUGUAAAUGUAUAAAUGUGUUUAUUAGUUAAGCGUAAUUGUGAUAAUUUGAAAGUUUGGUGGUGUAUCUAUAUAAAUUAUAUGAAAAGAGGGAAACAUCGGUCUAAUUUACCAAUCGUUCAAUUACCUUUAUGGCACAAGUCGAAAUUUGAUAAAAGGUUCACUAUUUUUUCUAAAUAUUCGUAAGGGUUUAUGUGUUGUACCGCAUUUAGUAGAAACUUGUUUUUUGUUUUUAUAACAAAAGAAUUUAUUCGAUAACAAGUGUGGUGAUGGUGCUGAAAAUUCUAAAAAA